UUGGCAUCUAUUACUACGUGCAAUUGUGAUGGCGGAUAAACUUGUUGAUGUUGAGUUGGCAGUUUGGCUUUUUGGCUUUUUAGCGUAAACUCCUUUUGUUGUCCUAUCUUAUUUCUUUGAAGAGCAAACUUCACCUGCGCUGUAUAUAUUUAAAAUUCAGGCGUAUUAACACAGUUAAAAGCCACUAGUUUGCUGACGGCCCCGUUGUGUGUAUGCGGUCGCCACGCAGCGCUGCAGCAGCAAUCCAGGUUCACCUCAGUCCUCAUUAGCUACAAUAUAGUAGCCAGCUAAUACACAUUGGGCUGCACUCAGAUCAACCCUGACAUUUUUACCUGUUUUUAUUAAUUUUUUAAUGAGGCGGAGGAACUGAUGAGACCGUUGCCAUGACAUUGAGGAGAGUAAACGUGGUCAUCCUUUUGCUGCUGGCUGUGGCCUUCCUGAUCAUAGUUCAACGAAAUCUCCUUAACCUCAGUGACAUUUUAUACAAGGAAAAUCCCGAUGCAGGGAUGAUUCUUCCCUUUGAAUCCGAGUUGUCUCCGGAGCUCGGACAAGAGUCGGUGAGGAAAGGAGAGGAGAUCCGUGUCCUCAUCACUGCUGCUGUGGAAAGGCUCGGAGCUGUGGUUGCUGCCAUGAACAGUGUCUACCAGAACAGUAAAGCCAAUGUCGUCUUCACCAUAGUGACCCUGAAUGACACGGUGGAUCACCUAAACGUAUGGCUUAGUAAGACACGGCUUAAAAAUGUCAAAUAUACAAUAGUUAUUUUCAAGCCUGAGCUCCUUAAUGGGAAGAUAUCUAAAGAUCCUCAGACACUGCAAGCUGUCAAACCAUUGACUUUUGCCAGGUUUUAUCUACCUGUAUACAUACCCGAGGCAGAGAAAGCCAUCUAUUUGGAUGACGAUGUCAUUGUACAAGGGGACAUUCAAGAGCUUUAUGAAACCAACCUCAAACCAGGACAUGCAGCUGCCUUUUCUGAUGACUGUGAUUCAGCAUCUGCUAAGGGCAUCAUCCGAGGGGCUGGAAAUCAGAAUAACUAUAUAGGCUUUCUGGACUUCAAGAAGGACGCUAUCAAGAAGCUGGGGAUGAGGGCCAACACGUGCUCCUUCAACCCAGGGGUCAUCCUCGCCAACCUGACGGAGUGGAGGAACCAGAACAUCACCCGGCAGCUGGAGAACUGGAUGGAACUCAACACACAGGAGGAUCUGUACAGUAAGACACUGGCAGAGAGUAUCACCACCCCCCCACUCCUCAUUGUUUUCUACAAACGUCACUCCACGAUCGACCCCAUGUGGCAUGUCAGGCACCUUGGCACGACAGGUGCUGGAAACCGCUACUCCCCCCAGUUUGUGAAAGCUGCCAAACUCCUCCACUGGAAUGGACACUACAAGCCCUGGGGGAGAACAUCCUCCUUUUCUGACGUGUGGGACAAGUGGUUCAUUCCAGACCCCACAGGAAAAUUUCAUCCCGUGCGAAAACAUGCAGGGGACAACUAGACUGAAAAAUUGGUUUUAGUAAACUUUCCAGCAGCCAGGCCCACCCAGCAGGACUACGCCUCGCUCGCAUCUCAGGAACUAAGUAAGGCCUUUUCACUUUCCAGUCCUGUCAUCCUAAGAACAUGUGGACCCUGUGUACUCUCGCAUUCCCUUGAACGUGCACCUUUUUUUUAUACCCAGUGCAUCUUAUUAUGCUUAGAGCGCACACAUUUUUCACAUUUCUUUAGUCCUGAAACUUUUCACAUUUUUCGCCCUAUGUUAACCCUUGUGUUGUCCUUCGGGUCCCACUGACCCGAAGGACAAAACAAGGGUUAUGUACUUCCAUUUACUUUGUUGAGAAUUGCUCCCUAAACCGUGUUUCUUGUUAAGUAAGUAAAGUUUUAUUCUAGAGCACAUUUAAACACAGUUUAAGCUGACCAAAAUGCUGUACAAAUAAGCACUAAGGUGCUGUAUACGGUGACCCGAAAGACAACACAAGAGAUAAGAGUGGUGUUUUCAUGAAUAGACGUUAAAUAUAAUAUAAUGUAGCAUCGGUGGCGUCACCCAUUGGUUGUGGACUGCCGUUUUGAAGCUAGGAGUUUGCAUUUUGGCCUUGCCAUCUUGGUAUUUUGAAGCCAGAAGUGAGCUGGGGAGGAUGACGCAGCUAAGCUAGUGUUGUGUAUGGUUCCAAGGCGUUACGCUAAGCUAAACACUAAAGAGGGAAAGUCGCCAAUCUUCAACCCUUCUGUCAUCAAGCAGAGUUUUACUAGCGGGUAGACGGGGACUGGUGCUGUUCAUCUGCAUGUAUGGCAGUGAGCUGGUUGAAAAUCUGCAGACUUUCUCUUAAGUUACCAGCUAGCACUAGCUAGCUAGCUUGAUUGACAGGGCGCUGAACAAGACAUUUGUAGGCGACCAAAGUGUUCCAAUUAACUUUGAAGUAAAAACACAGUGAUAGGGUCAAAGUUUAAAAUGAAAACAUGGGCAACACCCAAAAACAAGUUAAUGAGUACUUUAAUGUACACAGGGCCAUGGUUAGCAUUGCCAAGCCUCUGUCCUGAUUGACAGGUCAGCGUGUAGCCACGCCCCUAAAGCUUCCCAUGCUUUGUCUAUUUUGAAAUAAAUGGGACCAUAAUAUACAAAAUGAACAUCAUGAUGUAUUGCAGAAUACUUGCAACUAGUGAUUUAGGCCAUAAACUCGCAAUGAAAAUGUUUAUUGAGGUAAUUAAUCAAGUGAGAAGUAGGGUCAUUUCCCCAUAGACUUCUAUAGAAACUGACUCCUUUUUGGACCCUAACCCCUUAAUUGCCCCCUGCUGAAAAUGAGAUAGAAUGCAGGUUUAAGGUACUUCCGCAUUGGCUUCACUUUUCCUGAACAUAAUUAGAGAGGCAUUGCAUCUCAAGGGUAUGUAUGCAUCAAUCCCAGUCAGCAUGAUAAUGAGAUACCUUGUCGCAACGUGCCAAGACGACCAUCUACAACUGAAGCCAUUGUCAAAGUAAUGAUGGCUUAAGUAGGUAUGUUUACAUGCAGCUUAAUACCGACUAAUUUACUUUAUUUAUAUACAAUGAGUUAAUCGGUUACCUCAGCUAUAAACUGGUGUCUUGAAACACGUUCCUCUGUUUUAUGACUUCGGUCUGAAUUGUAAUCAUGUUAGCCAUGCAGAUGCCUCAUGUCAUUACCUCAAUUUAAUACUUCCUGUGGAAAAGUUGCAUACUUUAUUGCACAUUUAUUUAUCAGAUCCUUUUAACAGUGGUCGUGCUGAGUGCAGCAUUUCAAUCACAAGAAGAAGAAAAUGCUGUUUAACUCCCUCUUCCUCUAUAAUUCUCCAUGGCAAUUUCACAAAUAUGAAUUGUUAAUCCCUUGCAACUACAGUUAAGAGUGUGCUGCUUGUCCCACCUAUCAAUUAUAACUGCCAUAAAUGAAAAAAACUUUAGUACUGUACUUACUGCCUCUCAUGCUCAACUGUUUUUAAUCACUUUAUAUACAGACCACUAAGCAAACUACACCUCUGCAGGAAUUGCACAGUAUACCCAUGCUUUAUAUCUCUUCUGCCAGAAUUUUUAUACACAUUGAAAAGCAUUUGCCUUGCUGGUGUAAAUAUGUCAUCCUUUGUAUAGUACAUGAAAUAAAAGUUACAUUUUUAUCAUUUAAA